CUCCCGUUCAAAUAUCCUGAGGGACCGAAGUUCCACUGGUUUGUCUACAGCUGGACGUGAAGAGGUUGGACACAAACUAUAACCAUAAAGACGUGACGAGAAACAUUGUGUUUAAUUGUAAUAUUACAUUUUCCCAGUGAGCAAACUGAAGGAAAUACCGGACGAGGUUUUUGAUUUGACCUAAUUUUUUUUCUCCAACAGCAGCACGCACUUUAACGGAGUCGAGGAGGAGUGGCCGCACUCACCCAAUUUGUCGUUGGGGGACUCGUCACGUAGAUUCAGCAAUACUUUGCCUGAAACUAUGGAGAAGAAACUUGGGUGUAGUCAAACAGAAAGGUGACGCGGCUGUGAAGUCUGAAGAAGCAACUUAGGUUGCAGCGGAGUGCAACUCCUCGGGGCAUGAAACCCUCCAACUUUACGCCGUGCCAGGAAACGACACGAUGGCAGCAUGCGGAAGGAGGAAUCGGCCCAAGUUACUUAUUUUCUUAUUUGGUGUCACUUUAGUGGGAUAUCUUAUAUUUUUCGGACAUAACUCGGGGAAAGAGAGUGCGACGAAUCGACGGGAGGUCCCAAGAGAGGAAGAGUAUGAGCUCCUUAAGAAACCAGUCUACGAGAAACCCCCCCUGGAUAUCAGCGCUCUGGGAGAAAUGGGAAGAGCCGUGAAACUGGAUUUGAACGAAGAGGAGAAAAGAAAAGAAGAGGAAAGUCUCAAAAUGCACCAGAUUAACAUUUAUGUCAGUGAUAAAAUAUCGCUACACCGCAGGCUGCCAGAGAGAUGGAACCCACGUUGUAGUGAGCUGAAGUACGACUACAGGUCCUUGCCCACGACCUCUGUGGUGAUUGCUUUCUACAACGAGGCCUGGUCUACCCUGCUGAGGACGGUCCACAGUGUGCUGGAGACGUCCCCUGACAUCCUGCUGAAAGAGGUGGUGCUGGUGGAUGACUACAGUAACAAAGAGCAUCUCAAGGAGCCGUUGGAGAAGUACAUCUCAGGUUUGAGGAAGGUGCGUCUGAUCCGGGCCACAAAGAGGGAGGGGCUGGUGCGGGCUCGGUUGCUCGGGGCAUCCAUCACGACAGGCGAUGUGCUGACCUUCCUGGAUUGUCACUGCGAGUGUCACGAAGGCUGGUUAGAGCCCCUGCUACACAGGAUCAAAGAGGAGCCGAAGGCCGUGGUGUGCCCUGUCAUCGACGUGAUAGACUGGAACACCUUCCAGUAUUUAGGCAACUCUGGGGAACCUCAAAUUGGGGGGUUUGAUUGGCGGUUGGUCUUUACCUGGCACAGCAUACCCAGCUAUGAGCAGGAACGGCGGCGUUCACCCACUGAUGUCAUCAGGUCUCCUACUAUGGCAGGUGGUCUGUUUGCUGUGAGGAAGGACUACUUCCAUUAUCUGGGAACGUAUGACACAGGAAUGGAGGUGUGGGGAGGAGAGAACCUGGAAUUCUCGUUCAGGAUUUGGCAGUGUGGGGGCAGCCUGGAGAUCCACCCAUGCUCCCACGUGGGUCAUGUGUUCCCUAAAAAGGCCCCUUACCCACGGAGCAAAGCGUUGGCAAACAGCGUGAGAGCGGCUGAGGUCUGGUUGGAUGAAUACAAGGCGAUCUACUACCAUCGUAACCCCCUCGCACGCCUGGAGGCCUUUGGAGAUGUAACAGAGCGGAGGAAACUCAGAGAGAAGUUGGGCUGUAAGAGCUUCAGGUGGUACUUGGAUAACAUUUACCCCGAUAUUCACAUCCCACAAGAUCGGCCAGGCAUGUUUGGGAUGCUUAAGAACCGGGGCAAGGCCAACUACUGUUUUGACUACAACCCUAAGGAUGAGCAGGUGCUGGUGGGCGAAAGGGUCAGCCUCUACUUGUGUCACGGUAUGGGCCAGAACCAGUUUUUUGAAUAUUCUGUGGAUGGUGAGAUCUGUUACAACACGAGGGAACCUGCUGGAUGCAUCGUAGGUGACAGCAUCAGUACAUACUUGACUGUCCAACUGUGCAAAAAACCUGGGCAGCCUGUACCUGUGGACCAGAAAUUUAUCCUCCGAAAGGAUGGGAGUCUGUAUCAUGUCCACAGCAGCAAGUGUGUUGAGGCAAUAGAUAAGACAGACAAUGGGACACCAGCACCCUCACUCCAACCCUGCUCCGAUAGCCUCCACCAGAAGUGGUUCUUUGAAGAGAAGAUGUAAUGCUACAGACCUAGAAUAUGUUUGCCUUGCCCUUAAAGGACCUCAAAUGAGGACACCUUUGUGCUUCCUUCCAAACUUAAACCUCUACAAAAUUUUGCUCACUGGGUGAAAUCUACCAGUGCUUACUUUCUACAGUUCUCGUGGAGUUUGUAUGCACCACUUUAUGCAGAAAGGGGCAGAUAAGCAUCUAAAAGAAACAAAACGACACCUUUUAUAAAUCGGUCAGCAAGCUCUGAUCAUCAUAUGAGCUAGUAGCUGGUAUUGCAGUAAUUUUCAGAGGCAUGUCACGGGGUGUCAUUUGAUAUUUUUGUCUUCUCCUGUAGAAGGGGCUAAAUCUCCUUGCUGUAAAAUUUUUUUUAUUCUGCUCUCUUUGUGAAGAGGAAGUGGAACAAAUUUUCAGGUAUUUAGUUGAGAGUCUUUUCAGGAUGCUAUAAGAGUGCUUGCUACUCCUUGCUACGUACCAGUAGCUUAAUAAAAAAGGCAUUGUGCAAGUACCUAACACCUCUUCAGCUUAAUCACUAACUACUGAUGGGAGAAACUCCAGAUGUAUUCGGUUCUUGCCUGCUUUGAAUGAAUAUGAAUCAAAGGUAAAAAUGACUUGGGUUAUUUUGCUAGCUUUUGUAAUAACUUUUUUUCAGUGCAGCAUAAUUCUGUUUUGUGCUCUUUCAUGAAAUGCAGCUUGAAAAGACUAAAUUAUAGCCAUAAUUUAAGGAUUUACUUCAUGUGGUGUCAAGUUUGUUUUAAAAUGAUUUAUUUUAUAGAUGAUACUAAUUGCUGUGGUAUUUUGAGGCAGUACGUAUGGGCAGAUAUGGAGGUGUUCCCCUUAUGAGUUGCUCUGUUGGGUUGCCCUGAAAUGGUUCUGUGUCCAUCUGUCAGGAUCAGAGAACUAUAGAUCCCUAUGAAGCAGUGUUGUGGUCACUUGUGUGACUGUCCCACAGGCUGUGGAGGGAGUGUAAGAGAAAUGCAGUACAGGAGUAGACAGUUGUCGGUGUCUUCAGAUUCUAGGAUGCCAGAUGGUUUUCUGAUAGAUUCCCUGGUCCUCUCUGAAUUCUUUAUCACCUCCUGUUUCUCUGUGUGUCAAAGGCAAUCAGCGGAGGGCUUAUCUUUCUGGCUUACGCCACACAAAUCCUCCUCAGAUGAACACUUGUAUACUUGUGUGCUUUAGGUUUGAUUUAUGAACGUAAGUCAUAAAGAGCGGAGUUUUUGGCAGCAGAAGCAGAUAAUGGAGGAGACCAAAUGAAGCAAUUUGCAACCUUUUUUUUCACCAUUAACCUCCACAGGCUGCUUGCCCAUCAAUCUGAAAGGAGUUCUGUUAUGAACUGAUGUUAGGGCACAUUUGUGCUGAAAUGGAUUUUUGCUAUUGAUUCAGAAUGUAUGCUCGCAAUAUGGAAAAAGAGGGGAUAGAAAAAGACAUUAUAUACAGUAUAAUUGCUGGGACUUGAGUAGUCACAAUCCCUUCUGUUGCCAAAUUGAAUGAAUGUAAGGUCUCAGUCACACAGACCUGUUGGCAACCAGAUGGAAACCACCAGUCACAAGGGAAGAAGGUGUAUUUCUUGACUGGUUGCAGAUGGUUGCUAGCAGUCACUGUGAAAGUGAUUGCUAAAGCUCCAGUCAAACAGGCCAGAGACCGGUCGCUGACCGCCUGGUGACUACUGGUCUUUGGUGGGACCAUUUGGUGAGUGGUUUCUAGAAGUUGCUGGUAGUUGCCAGCAUGAAAUUGGUUCAUAAGAGGUAUACAGUCCUGCACUGAAAACCCCCUUGAGAUUGCUUUGGUCACUAGCAGUUAGCUGCUGUUAGCCGUAGUUUGCAUGGAAGAUGCAGACUUGCUAACACUUGCAAACUGUUUGGUAAAUGUUAGUGAAACUGUGCAAGGCGAACGUUCUGUGUGUGGUUUGCACUGCAGUUUUCAAGUUUCACUACAGAGAUGUGUGCAGACAAGUCUGCGUAUUUCAUGUGGACUACAGGCCACCGCGACAAUCUGCUAGUGAGCAAAGCAAUCGGAUGGAUGUUUUUGGUGUAGCACCCUCUUUGCGAAUUAUUUCAACUUGUAGCAGCCAGUACCUUCCAGAAAAUGCUCGCCAACUGGGUGGGGAGUACACUUUUCCCCCUUUCGACCGGAGGUUGCUAGUGAGUCACUGAAUGGUCUCUAGUCCUGUGUGACCCGGGCCUAAAGUAAUGGGAUACUGCAAGAGUCUGUGUUUUAUUUGCCACUCUGAACAUGCAUUAAAAGUUUUAUUGCACUGUGCAGUUUAAAAAUUGUACCAUCACAUAUUUACUGGUUUUGGAUCUGACUCCAUAUGCAGUAAGUUUAAAACAUAGUUGAAUGUUGAUAUAAUUCAUGGAUUUAAGUUUACAGUAGUUCAUAAAGGCUUUUUUGUAAAGCUUACACAUUAUUGUGUGGACAGUGCUAAGUAAUACGUGAAGUGUACCAAAUGACCAGUAGGAAACUUGUGGUUGGUUUCACAAAAAAUGAGGACAUUUGACUCAGGAGUGUUUGAUGUGUCGUAAGGCUAAAACAGUGACACCUGUUGAUCCUUUGUCUCCAUACAAGAGCACUUUAUGCCUUAGAAAAGUUGAAACGACUUGCGUGGAAUUCAUAGACCAGGGCAAUCUUAAAGACACUUCUUCUCUUAGCUUUCCAUAACUUUAGUGUGCAUCAUACAUUAUUGGUGAAACUUCCCUUUUGAUGCAUUGCUAAUGCUUUAUGUAUUGAACACUUAAGAAGUGGCAGCUCUUCAAUUUUCAAUCAGUUUACAUCUUUGGCCUGAGUGGAGGGUAAAUGUUAUAUCAUGCUGUUAAAAAGGGUUAUUUAUCAUCCCUGUAGCCAUCUGUUAUUCCAACCAUGCCCUAUGUAGUAAAACAUUUUUAAUGUGAUGCUAUAUUUUUGUAUGCUAAUUUGAUAUGGUGCAAGCUGCAGCAAUAAAAUUGAUAUUUUCCAGUUUAGGAUUAUAUCUCUGUGGCAGGUCAUAUAGGGAUUUAUAUAAACCAAAUGCGUGUCAUUAAUACAGAUUUUCCAGGGACCUGUUAUAGCACUUGAACCUGUAAAGUGGCUGAUUGCAUUGUGACCCAGCAUUAAUAGACCACGUAGUGCUGUUAUACAAUAUCAUGCAAAAACAGUAUCUCCUGACAUUUCAUUUACUAAUGUGGUAAAUAUGCACUAAUAAUAAUGCUGGAAUUCAAGAUCAUGUCUGUUGUAUUAAUGGUGUCAGUAACUCCAGUGGCCUUAUAUUGUAAGUAAGAAACUGAAGGAUGUAAUGAAUGCAGUUUUUAAAAAAUAAUUGUAAAAAUCUAAUAA